AUGCAGGGAGAAAUCAAUGGUCUUAAAACUUUGAUUAUGAAAUAUUCUCCGUCGGCAUAUUGCACAUAUUGCUUUGCUCAUCAAUUGCAAUUGACUCUUGUAGCUAUUGCAAAGAAGCAUCAUGAUCGUAGGGAGAUGCUUAGAGACGAUCAAGCAGAAAAAUUAAAGAAACUACUAGUGCUCGGUGAAGUUCAUACAGGAAGUGGAUUGAAUCAAGAACUUGGACUCCAAAGGGCAGGGGAUACACGUUGGAGUUCUCAUUUUAAGACAAAGGCAAGUUUUGAUACUGUUAUUGAUUUGCAACUUGCAAAGCUUAACAAUCGUUUUGAUGAAGUUAAUGCUGAUCUACUUCUUGGUAUGGCUACUUUGAGUCCAGAUAAUUCUUUUGCAAAUUAUGAUAAAGAGAGGAUUAUGAAACUUGCUACACAUUAUCGUGUUUUCAUGCUUGAGGAUCUUAGUUUUGAGCUUGACAACUAUAUUGAUUAUGUGUGA